AUGUCGAAAAUUUCUAGUCUUGAAUUUGAAGUUCUUGAUAUCACUGGAAACAACUAUUUGGCUUGGGCAUUAGAUGCCGAGUUUUCCCUUAGUGCAAAGGGACUUGAAGGUACAAUCCUAGAAGGAAAUCAAGCGGGAAAUCAAGAUAAAGCAAAGGCUAUGAUAUUCCUUCGUCAUCACCUCCAUGGAGAUCUCAAAAAUGAGUAUUUGACGGUGAAAGAUCCACAAGUCCUUUGGAGCGACUUAAAGGAAAGGUAUGAUCACCAGAAAACUGUGAUUUUACCUAAAGCUCGUUAUGAAUGGGCACAUCUGAGAUUACAAGACUUUAAGUCUGUAAGUGAUUACAACUCAGCCUUGUUCAAAAUUACUUCCAAGUUGGAGUUAUGUGGGGAGAAAAUCACGGAAGCUGAUAAGUUAGAGAAGACAUUCUCUACUUUUCAUGCAAAUAAUGUUGUCCUGCAGACACAAUACCGUGAAAAGGGAUUCCAGAAGUAUUCCCAACUUAUAUCUUGUCUCCUUGUGGCUGAGCAAAACAAUGAGCUUUUGAUGAAAAAUCAUGGACUACGUCCAACUGGUUCUGCUCCAUUCCCUGAAGCGAAUGUGACUGAACAGAACAACACUGGCCGCGGAAAUGGCUACACUCGUGGUCGCGGUCAUGGCCGUGGUCGUGGACAUGGUCGUAGAGGUACACGUGGACGUGGAUAUGGUCAAAUUCGAGUCCGGGGAGUUUCUUUUAAGAACUCUAACUCUCACCAGAAGUGGGAAAAGAAAGAUGGUGACAAACAAGAAAAUGAAUGCUACCGAUGUGGAAGUAAAGACCAUUGGGCUCGUACGUGCCGUACACCAGCACAUCUUGUUGCCUUGUAUCAACAGUCAGUAAAACAAAAGGGAAAGAAUGUGGAAACAAACAUGGUGUACGAAGGUGGAGAGGAUGAUUUUGAUUUUGGUGAUGCCACUCACCUUGACCUUUCCGAUUUUCUCGUUGAUGAAGAGAAAAAGUGA